AUGGCUCCUUGUGCACCAAAGAUGAUUGCAAACAAGGUUGAAAUUGACAAGCUCAACGACUCUGAUCAGCCUUGGACUGCUAUUGUUACUGUCGAGGAGAAGCGAAAUCCAUUCGGCCACUAUACUAAAACCCAAAAGAUGGUAUUCAGCGAUGAAAAGUAUAAGGUAUUUUGUUCGGACAAGCCGUCAGCAUCAUGGGACCAAGAUUCCAGACGUGUAGAAAAUACUGAGUCUCCAACGCACCUAUCCGGUACAUUGAACCAGAGUAUAGGUCUCGUGGUCUUUCCAAACAAUGGGUCAUUGGUAUUGGGACGGUUGUUGAAGAGGUUGCAAUAUGUGAGAUUGUCUCUUUGGGAAGAAUUCCACCAGGAUGUUGGAAUAUUAUUAACUGAACAAGUUCGAGCUAAGAGUUACCCAACCGUCGUUGGCCGCCGAAUGAUUAUCUCUGCAUACAACGGAAUUGAGGUAACAACUUCACAUAGAUUGGUGGUUUUGAUCAAUCCUCCUUCUGACAAAGCAAGGAAAUUGAGGAACUGGAAGGAAAUCGUUCUUUUCUUGCAGAAUAAACCAUCAUUCUCGUCUACUCCUGGCAUCAGUCACAAAAACCUUUCACAAAUCACUCCAGUCACACAUAUCGAUGAUGAACAACAGGAUAUCUUAGUCAAAGUCCACGUUGAGUUCAGAGACAUACCACAACCAUUCUACUACAUGGCUUGCAAGGAAUGCGGCACUGGAACAUCAUCAAUGUAUCAACAAGAUUUCAAAUACAACAAGUGGUCAUUAAAGCAAUUUGCAACCAACCCAAAGUGUCGUCUAAGAGCUAACAUUCAUGACGAGAGCAGAUCAAUCCAAGCUAGCAUUUUCAGUAGCAUCGCAGAAAAGAUAUUGGGUUUCACUGCAACAGAAAUCAUCGAGAACCCUGAAAAGGAAAGAAAGCUGAAUGAACAAGAGGAAGCUCUUAUAAGAUCCAUAUUUAAGCGAUCAAGCGAAGGAUAUAUACAAAGGAUUAAUGACGAAGACCAAGAUGACGAUGAUGAUGAAGAAUUAGCAUUUGGCAUUCCUUCCAAGGGCUUUCCCAUCUUUAAUGAUGAUGGGAAGGGUGGGAACGGCUUUGCUGCUGUUAUAGCUGCAUCAUUUGUCGGAUCUGGUUUGAAUUCGCUGUGGGUUCUAAUUUGGAUCCCGAACUUCUCUCGCUCUUCGAGUUACAAUGGAAGAGUUCGGACAGGCAUGAAGCUGGUGCAAAAAAGGUUGCAGAAUUGGCUGCGGACAAAGCUGGUGCUCCCCAAAUGGAAAUAA